AUUACAGAUGCUCUAGGGAUUAGCUGGGAUCUAUGUUCCCAACAGUUGGUCUGAGGGAGCAGAGGAGAGUAAAAGUGAAUGAGAGGUAUCCUUGACGGCCAGGAGACGAGAAUUAAGGAAGAGAAAAGAGGUGACGAGAGAGGAGGAGGAGGGAGAGAAAAGAUACAGCAUUACUGAAGAAGAGAAAGAGUGACCUGGAACAAACUAAACACUUCUGAGGAAAGAUGCAGGGACGUCCAAAUGUAAUGGGGUAAGUGGUUUCUUUGCAACAGAUGCCCAGGGUGGGAACUCAAAGGCAAUGGGUGAUUGCAAAAGGGUUUGCAGAAGGUUGCAGUCAGUCGUCUCUUGGUAUUUGCCCUAAUAGACCCAACAGUUACCCAGUCACCUUCAGAAGGAAACAAGUUAUAAAACAGUUUGUCACUAGAAUGUGAGAGAAAUGGAGAGACAGCAGCAAUGAAAGUGGAUAGAAGGAACAGAAAGGGAGUAAAACGAUAUGUACAAGCAGGAAAAACAACCACCUCAGAUUUGCUACUAUACUUCUGGUAUCAGUAUAAUGUUCUGGUUUCAAGCCUGGAAGACAGAGAACACGGGAGACUAGAGAGAUGCAUGAGGGAAAGAAGGAGGCAGAAUGGGGAUAUGAAGUUUAGAGAUGAGUGGCUUGGAGGGAUGGAUCAGUGUCUGGAUACAGAUUGACAGAUAUGGUACAAAGAGAAGGCAGGCAAGGUGGCCAACAGCUAUACGUAGACAGUGCUGCUUAAAAGACAAUGUGCUGCAGUCAAAUCUAGACUGCAAAUACCUACUCAGUCAGGUCAGCUGACAACCUGCCAGCUCAGCACUUUGCUCUGUGAAAUGGGAAUACUUGUCUCUUCUGUUGACGAAUGAGAGAGAUACAGAAUCUUAUUAAAAAGGACUAUUGAAAUGCCUUUUUGGAGAUGGUCUUACAGACUAGACUGCUUAGGAAUUUCAAUCAGCACAAAAUCUGGCAAACAAAUGGAUGACAUUUUGCCAGACUUCUUGCCAGUCGGGCGACUGGUCUGUUUCUGAUCCCAGUGCAAGGUCUUGCUUCUUCCCUUUAAAGUCCUCACCAGCUUAGCCUUGGUAGCCAAAACACUGCCUUCUUUAGGAACCUGUCUGACUAUUAAGACCAUCCACAGACACUCUUGACCAAAUUCCCGCAAUUUCUGAGGUGAUGUUCAUAGAAAGGGCCUUUUCUGUUGCGAUACCCCAGCUAUGAAAUGUUCUCACUAUGACACUGGUGUCUGUUUUUCUUCUGUCAACUGAAUGCUUAUUUAGUUGCCUGUUAGUAUGUUUUUUAAAAAAAAUAAUCUGUUUUUAUAUUGAGAUGAUUCUGGUGCUCCAGUUGUAAAACAUAUUUAUGAUGUUAUCUGAGUGGGGUAACAGACAAUAGCAAAAGUUUAAAAGGACACCACUGGGCGUCAGCAUUUAUACUCUGACCUUAUCUCGACCUUAUGCAGACCCAGACCAAUGACCUUGAUGCUGACCUCUGUCUAUGAGUACAGAGUAAAGGGUUAAAUGUGAGGGGGAAUCAUGCUGGAUUUAUUGCUGUGACUAGAGGCUAGGGACAGGACAGCCCUGUCGGGCUAAUAAAGGUAAAAUGUUAUGUGGCUGCUAUGUGGCUUCUAGAUGGUGGACUUCAAUUUUAAUUGGAUUUGUCACUGCUUCAGGUCAACAGUGGCUGGUGAAUCCAUACGAUAUUGGGUCUGCAACCCAGCUAUGGAAGGAAGACGUGGGGUGGAGGAAUUUAGUUCCUGUGGUAGAGUUGGUUGUCAUAUCAGAAGUCAAGGGGAAUUUAUUCCCCAAAAUCAAAUGGGAUGGAGCUCCUAGAGCGUUAGAGGGUGUGUUUUUUUAACCAUCCAUUUCCAAGUGGUUUGGUUUACUUGUUUAGUCCUCUGAAUUUAUUUGCAUGCUAAACGCCUGCUCAAGCUGUUUUCUUUUCUUUUCUUGCACACUUUGGUUCGGUUGUGAAGAUUUGGUCUAUGAAGUGCUGGAAGGUAGAUAUUAAUUCCCUUGGUUAAGAGAUUGGAUUGCCCUGCAUUGAGCGACAUUUUGGUGCUCCCAAUGAUGUUCUCCAAGGAAUGCCACAGAAGGAGGAACAUUUGAGCCUAUGAUUGCUCAGCCUAAAGUUUAUAAAAUAGGCCUCCAUCCCAGACCCUCUGAGGAUAGGUUUGGGGACUGCAUUGCUUCCCUCAGGCCCAGCCCUACCAUUAGGCAGAGUGAAGCAGCUGCUUCAGGUAGCAGAUGCUGGAAAGCGGCAGCAAGGUAUUGGUGGUUAGAACUGUGCACGCCUACAUCCUCUAGGUGAGCUUGCUGCCCUCAGGUGUGCUCUCCUGUUACCAGUGUUGAAGUAAGAUUCAAGAGCUAAUCCAGCUGGCUUCUGUGUAUGGAAUGUGAACCACCAUCUUGUACUUCACCACAGGCAGCAAAAUGUUUUGGGUCUGCCUGCCUUCCCGGUAAUCAAUUGAUUCAUUUGGAAUCCAUACCCACUAAGUGUCCUGGAAGAAACAGGGCAUCCCAAUUUUAUUUUGUUUUUGCACGAAAUCACGGCAACCAUUUUGGGUGCUGCGAUCUUACAAGCUCGCAUGCCGCAAUCUUAAACCACCCCCCCUCCCAAAAGCAUAUUUUGGGGGGUGACAUCGCAGCAUGGGUCAAGUGACUCACCCGGGAGCCCAUCCCAGAAGAUGUCCCAGUUUCUGACGUGAAAAAUUUGGACAGUAUGGCAAUCCACAAGACUUCUUGGUGUUUCAGCAGAAGUCAGACUUCACAGUUGGAGGCCAAUGGGUAGAUUAUUCAGCGGAAUUCAAGAGGUUAGUGUCUGCUUCCGACCAUCUGGUUCUUAUGAUCUGCGUCACCCAAUAUAUAUUUUGUCUACACGGAAGUAGUCACAGACAGUAGACCUACAAAACCCCAAUACCAGUGUGGUGUCGUUGUUAGGUGUAUUGGACUAGGACCAGAGUGACCUGUUUUAAUCCCCUUUCAAAUAAAAAGGAGUGAUCACUGGGACAAUUGCUCAACAUACCUCUCACAGGGUUACUGCGAUCAUAAAGUGAGGAUCAUGACAGAUGUGUGGAAACUCAAGGUUCAAAGAAUACCAAUUUCUGGGUGACAACUUCAGGGGGAGGGUCUAUUGGAAGUAUAUCCUGCUUGUGGCCUUCCUAGAAACAUCUGAUUGGUUACUGUGAGAAACCAAGUGCUGGACCAGAGUAAUCCUUGGCUCAUCUUAUAUUCUCAUCAGGAAAGCCAUAUAUGCCACCCCAAGCUCCUUAGAGGAAGGGUGUGAUAAAAUUGCAAUAAUACAUUGUAUACAUUUAUUUGUACUGAUCACUGGUUUUAAUAAAAAAAAGUGAAGCUUGCAAAAGAUACAAAUAUAAUUAUAUCAUUUAUUAUUUCCAAUCGAGUGUUAAAUAAAUAUAACUCAGAACAGACCAAUAAAUAGCACGGGACCUAAAAAUAACAAUCACUGCUGGGUUCCUUCAUGUAAUUUUUAAAAGGCGUGAAGUUCUCCACCUUUUCGGUUAGUUGCAACCUUUUUUGUUCUUAAAGGGAGUACAGUGUUGUCCCUCUCCUUAAGAGAAAUUAUGUCUUGUAGUGCUGUGGUCACUCAUGCAGAUAAAUUAACAUGCACAAAUGGUGUGAAGGUUGAGAAAGUUGUUUUUGUUGUUAUACCCCACCAGUGCCGGAUUUACAUAUAAGCUGAACAAGCUAUAGCUUAGGGCCCCACUCUCUUGGGGGCCCCCAAAAAAAUUAAAGGAAAAGAAACUGGAUGUACAUUUCCAAAAUAUGAUAAAAAAACUAAUAAAAUAAAACCUACAUAUAGCAACAGUGAUUUGUGUUGUGUAGGCUCCUAUGAUGUAAGUAAUGGGUCCAUAAAUUACCUUAUAGCAUAUAUUCAACACAAAAAACACAGCAAUUUGUUGUUGACAAUGGACAGCUGGACAUAUAAAGGGCCCCAUUACCUUCAGUAACUUAGGGCCUCAUCAAACCUAAAUCCAGCCCUGUACCCAACCCAUCUGUAAUGAGGCAAGUCAUGAGGCAAGUUUUGAACUGAAGCAGUUCCAUAAAUGCAUUGGCAUUGUUAUAUAUUUAUUCUUUAGUCUGCACUUUCCAGAAGAUUUUUAAACAUUUAAAAACAUAAUAUUGUAAAAAUAAAAUAAAAAAUCACCAGUGACCAUUGACCAAUAGUGGAUUCUACAGCCAGAAAUUUGCAAAUUGCUGCCACAAUCCUGGAAAUUCCUUUUAACUGUAUACAUUAUUGUCCAGCUCACAUUACCUGUGUCUAUGCAAGAGCGGUUGGACUUACCUCAGGGCACCGUGGAGCAACAUUUUAUUGACUGACUUAACAAAACGAUACCUUACCAGCUGAGACAGCUUUCAAACCAAUAAGACCCAACAAAGUAAUGUUGUUGCUGAAAACAUCAAAAAUACAGCUUGUCAUCAGUUCAUUAAAGCGGUGCUCUGGUUUCAUGUUAGGAGCAGGGACUGUGCCGUACAUUUUAAAUAUUGUCAUGACGUUUUGAUUUGUUAGCUAAGGAUUUUUUAAAAUGUUCGUUACUUGAAGUGCAUUUAUAGUUUCGUAUCUGUGGGUCUUGUCGCGGAUUGCGUUUGAUUCAUUGGCUGCGGUACGUUUCGUUUGAAAAUGGUGCAGGGCACAAGUCCUUAAAAUAAAACACAUGCAGGCGUAGAUCCAGUUUCUACAGCUCCUGACCCUGCUGCCCUGAAAGGUAGUAAUAAUUAGUAUUCGCAACAUGUAAUGGGUUAAUGAAGUUACACUUUAAAUUGACUAAAAAGAUGCCCGAUUCAUCAGGCUGCAGAUUUUAAAGUAUGUACUAUUUUAAAACCAAGUCGUUAUCGAAAUUAUAGAUGCCAAACACUAUCGUAGAAGAAGAAUCCCCACCCACUUGCGGAUCGCAUCUUCUAAUCUUCGAGAAUCUAAGAAGAUGCCUUUUACACAAUCUAUAGACCAUGCAAUACAAUCGAAAAUCAAAGCAAGUAUCCUUUCUGUACCAGAAGGAUUAUUUUUACUUGUAUAGAUUUAUACAAAUAUAAUGUUAAUUGAUCAAGCAGCGAUAGCCCUGACUGUAAUCUAGUUUGAUUUGGCGAAGCCUGUAUGAAAGAAAAAUGGCCAUCCCUGCUCAGUUAUCACCUCUCUGGCUCUUAAAAUCCUCAGGCUCAAGGUUGCAAGGGAUCACAGACAGAGAAUAGGCAAAUAAAUUGGGCACAACACAUCCAGUUGCUUGCAGGUAUGAGAGUUUGAUGUAGCUUAAGGAAAAUACUACUAAACCUUAGGUUACGUAAAUACAAUCCUGGUAACAACACACACAACGUAACAGGCUGUUUUUGACUAUGUAACUUCUAUUUCAAACACAAUUCAUCAUAUAAUAUCUCACAAAGUGUCAUUCCGUAGACCAACACAUCAUGCAAACAGAACAUAGCAAGAGAAAUUAAAGUCCAAUGGAUGGUCAGGAGAUAAAGCCCAUUUGGUUCCUAAAUUGGAAUAUUGGCAAUAACCACAAUAUGGUAUGCUUAUCUUAUGAUGUUCCACGUAUCGCUGCUUUGAGGAUUCUAACGUUCCUUGUAUGUAGAUAUCAGAUCAGAUGGAAAACUUGAAGGUAUGGCACGACAAGGAUUCCGGGAUAAUACCUUGUUUCGCCCAACUGGGCUUCGUCAGCUGUGCAUACUCAUAUUCUUGUACGACGGAAACAUGGAACAAAAUAAAUUCAGUUUAUAUCUACAUACAAGGAACAUUAGAAUACAAUAUUGUGGUUAAUGCCAAUAUUGGACUUUAAUUUCUCUUGCUAUUGGUCUAUGGAAUACACUUUGUGAGAUAUUAUAUGUUGAAUUGUGUUUGAAAUAGAAGUUACAUAAACAAAAACAGCGUGUUACGUUGUGUGUGUUGUAGCUUAAGGAAAAUAAGCAAGUCACGUGCCGAGUACUACAUUCCUAGAGUUGCACCUUUAAAAUUAGAUGGAGAAGAACAAGCAGUCACUUCAUAUGUUCUUGUUUACCAGGGACUGUCACAGUAUUCUGGUCCCUUGUAGGUCACUGUCCCUGCUUUUGUCUUUGAGGACACUUUGUAAGAAUGCCCUUGGUGUGGACUGUAAGAUCAGUUACUCUUUGAGUUUCAGCUCUUUCCUCGUCAUCUCUAGAAGUGAAACCUUUGAGUGAUGGGUGGAUGCAGUGCUUCCCCCCCCCAAAAAAAAAUAUGUUUAGGGGUACUCUCAUUUUGACUCAAGUAAAUCACCAUUUUAUAGAUCAAAUCGGCGGGGAAAAUAAAUACAGUAAAUGGACAAAAGUACAAAGAUUCACAAAACGUUUAGGGGUAUGCGUACCCCCAGAAAAAAAGCACUGGGUGGAUGCAUCUUGCUCUUAGGAAUACACGUGCAAGAAAACCUAAGGACUGCACAGUGACAUUUCACACACUGCUGCUGAACUGCUGGUAACACACUGCAAAUCAGUUGUGUGUUUUCCUAGCAUAUCUUUAACCAGAAGGACAAUCACCCUCUUGCUUCAGCAAAGUGUAACUGGGCAAGGGAGAGAAUGCAGAGAAGCAGAGGGUAAUUAAGAAUCAGGGUGUUACAAGUGUGUCCUUAUUCUCACCUGUAAAAUUUUGGAGGGUAAGGGGUGGGGGGAGAGAACAAGUUCGGUUCUGAGCAGCUCCUUUGCCAGAAGCAGAGAGCUUCUGGUUUCCUUGCUGUGACUAGUGACUGACAAUCACAGCGCAUGAGAAACUCUUAGCUGACUGGCAGCUCCGUGGAUAUCAGCAAUUCAGCACGAGGCUGAACACUUGAUGGGCCUCUCAGAUGGUGUGUGAGGCAAAGGGCAGGCUCAAGGGCCACCCAACACCCUCAAGGCCAAUCAAGGUUUUUUCCCCAUUAAGAAAAUGUAUGUGCUUUGGAAAACAGAAGGAGUAGGUGUGUCUUCAAAGUAUUUGUUAUAUGUGGAUUCUUUAGUUCCCUAGUGGUAUACUGUACUCACCUAAGAAACUCCCUCCACAUCUUUGGCUUGAGAAUGAAAACCAGUCCUUCACAUGGUUAAAUAUGGUAAGGUAUUGUUGCAAGUGGUUAUGUUCAUUUAUUCUGCUAUCAUCCCUGUCUGUUCGCUGGUUUUGCAGAUUUGUAUAGCAUGACAGUUUGAUUGGACCCAGUAGUGGGACAUAUGAAAUAUGCGUAUGUUGCGCACUACAAUAUAAGAAGACAUGUGUCGUCUCCCAAGCCACUCUGUCAAAACAGCUACCACCAGCUUUUUAUUCACUUUAUUAAACCACCCAAGGACCAUAUCUCAAAGCAUAGGAGCCAACUCCUAGGGGCUGAAGUGUCUUCGGCUCCCCAAGAAAAUAUUUGAGGGGGCCAGGCCCCGCCAAAGUUGAUUCGCAUUGCCAUUCAAAGUGGGGGGGGGGGAGGUGCCGUGCCAUGUGAUUUAGUAUGUGGAGCGGGGCUUCCCUGUGCCCCCCAAUGUUUUAUUCCAGUUAGCACCCCUGUCUCAAAAGUAGUGAUUUGAUUCUGAAAAAGAGAGGCCUUGGGUGUCAAAUAUGUCAAGAAGCCCUGCCGCCUCAUCUGCAAGCAACUGCCUCCAGUCAGGGCUGUCUCUUAAGCAUAUGUGGCGCUGAGGUGCUGCCCCCCCCCCAGGUUGCCCAGUCCCAGGCAUGCAGGAGGGCGGAGCCGUCCAGCCGCCUCAGUAUCUCGCUGGCUCGCUCGCCCCUGAACUCGCGGUGCAGAGCUGCCUGCAGCAGAAGAGCCCGCUGUGGCACUCUGACCGAUGGGCGGGCUCUUCCCUGGACUCAAGUCUCAGGCCCCAGACUCUCGGCCUGGCACCCCUGAGAGCCUGGCGCCCGGGUGCCCCGCACGCUUAGCGUCUAUGGGUAGGACGGCCCUGCCUCCAGUUUAAAGGCCUGCCUCCUAAUGUGGGUGCCAUAACCUCUGGCUUGAAGACGCUUGUCUAAUCUGUAAACUGGGCCCUCUAGUUUAAAGCUCUGCCUCCUAAUCCAGAAACCUUGCCCUCUGUCCUAGAGACCCUCCUUCUGAUCUGGAAGCCAUGCACUCUGGUCUAAAUCUCCCCCUUCAAUCCAGAACCCAUGCCCUCUAAAUUGAAGCCCUUUCUCCUACUCCCAAAUAUGGGUGUAGUCCAUAGUGAUUUUCCUUUUCUAGUCCUCAGUAUUUUUUUCUAAAGAAGCUCUGUGAUUAAUUGCAGAGUAGGGGUCCCGAUCCUGCAUGGGAGUGUGAAAUUGGCUCCCUUUUAGGUUUCCCCUAUACAGGAGAAGCCACCACAGCCCAAAUCUUUUUCUAGUUGCCGGAAGAUGGCUCCUUCAUCCUAUUCUGACCUUGAAAUGAGCGGCUUCCCAAAGCAUUAAUAAUGUAUCCAGAGGCAACUUAAAACUUUCAGCAAAACAGGGUUGUGUGUUUGCUUUCCGCUCCCCUGGAUUAAUUACAGAUUAAAAAGUGGCUUUAAAGUUCAACUCAGGGUUUGUCUACAUGGGGAAGUGAGCUUAAUCUGUAUUAAUUUGGGUGAGGAUUUGUGGUAGGGACUAAACCCCAUACUUACAUUGAAAUUGUAAAAUUAUGUGUGCUACCACGUGCGCGCGCACACACACACAAAAGAUCCUUUGGAUUCAAGUACUGUUGUGCUGCCUUGAAUAGCUUCAAGGAAAAGAAGAUGGCAAGCUGGUUUGCACAUCAUGCUAAACCAUCGUUUCUUUUAAAGUUUGGCUGAGUUGAGAAUGUGCCUCCCACUCCUGUGUUGCUUCCCCUUAUUCUUGUGGCUGCCACAGCAGCGCAACCAGAUCAUAAUAUGACUUGUUGCCUCAUGCAAGCUUGUGAAACAAACAAACCAUUAUCUCAGUACAACACGCCAUUCUGUGGCUUGCUUGUGUCACUUCUUUAACAGGGUCAGACGACACGUUCCUGAUUAAGUCACAGGUCCCCCAUGCCAGUCAAGUCUUUAAUUUCUGUCAUUUCACACUGGCGUGCAUAUCACCCUUCUGCAAUGGCUUAUGGUACAGAUUUGUAGUUGAGUGCAUGAGCUGAUUCCACUGGAAAACAUGAGUUCAAUGGUGCUUAAAGGUAAAGGCAAAGGUACCCCUGACUGUUGGGUCCAGUCAUGGACGACUCUGGGGUUGCAUGCUCAUCUCGCUCUAUAGGCCAAAGGAGCCGGCGUUUGUCCGCAGACAGCUUCCUGGUCAUGUGGCCAGCAUGACUAAGCAGCUUCUGGCGAACCAGAGCAGCGCACGGAAAUGCUGUUUACCUCCCCACCAGAGUGGUACCUAUUUAUCUACUUGCACUUUGACAUGCUUUCAAACUGCUAAGUUGGCAGGAGCAGGGACCGAGCAACGGGAGCUCACCCCGUCAUGGGGAUUCGAACCGCCGACCUUCUGAUCGGCAAGUCCAAGGUUCUGUGGUUUAGACCACAGCGCCACCCGUGGCCCCCUUCAAUGGCGCUUACUCCCAGGUAUAAGAUUGCAGCCCGCCUUGCUUACUUUGUUUACCUCAUUUGUAUCCUGCCAGUGCUCCCAAAGGUUCAGGUUAGACCCUAGAGUCUGUCCCCCGCUUUAAUCCUCACGACUUCCCUGCGAUGUAGGCUGUGCUGAGGGAGAAUUCAUAGCUGGGCAAGGGUUUGAGUCUGGGGUCUUUCCGGUCACAAUCCAACACUCUAGCCUCAUACUGAGUCAAUCGUUAUCAGUCAAUCUAAGAGCAUUCAUUCAAGUAGGAUUUCUUUAACUAGAGGACAGAAGAAGGUAUUAGGUCUGCUAUGUUCCAUUUGAUCGCUGCAACCUAAAGCAAUAAUUUGCAUGUCGUGAUCGGAAUUGCAGAUCAAAUGCUACAGGUGCGCUUUCGUGCUGCUAUAAGAGGUAGGCAGAAGGUAGAUAAGGAUCUACUAGUACAUCUCUUGAUCAGUUGCAGUAGAUCGGGAAGGGGUUUUGACUGUUUGUUUUUUCUCCCCAAAAUACCAGCAAUGAAACAACAGUUCCCAUCAAAAUUAGGCUGUUGAAAUGAAGAAUGCUAACAAGGAGUGGGUUUCUGUGUGAAAGGACUGCGAGCUGGGUCCCAGUACUAAAAACAAGUCCCUAUGUUCAGAAUGUGCUCAGGGAAGUACCCAGUUGUUUUGUUCUAACUGUAUGUCUUUUGCACCUGGUUCCCUUGGGUAGAUCUUGUGGUUCUAGUAACAAAAAACAAAAAGCAAAGCAACCUUGUGAAGCCUGAAGUCAGCCCAGCCCUGCUGUGGAAUAGCUCAGAGCCUCUUAACAAACUUUACUGAGAGGAAUAAAGUGAUAUAUCUGAAUGCAGAAACCACUCUUAAAUCAGAGCAAUGCUCUUUUAAAGUUGUGGUACAGUGGUACCUCAGGUUAAGAACUUAAUUUGUUCCGGAGGUCCGUUCUUAACCUGAAACUGUUCUUAACCUGAGGAACCACUUUAGCUAAUGGGGCCUCCCGCUGCCGCUGCGCCGCCGGAGCACGAUUUCUGUUCUCAUCCUGAAGCAAAGUCCUUAACCCCGGGUACUAUUUCUGGGUUAGUGGAAUCUGAACCUGAAGCAUUUGUAACCUGAAGCGUCUGUAACCUGAGGUACCACUGUACUUUUAAAGGCUGCAACCCUAAGCACAAUUCCUAGGAAGUAAGCACCGAUGAGCUCAGUGGAAUACUUUGGAUCAUUCCACAUGUGUUUAUUAAUCUGCCCUGGCACAAAGUAAAAAAAUAAAUCCAUGUAUUAAUUAAGUAAACCUCCCCCUCACAAUCUAAUCCACUAAAUUCUAUGAUAACCCAGGAAUCCCUUCCUUGGUCUAACUUACUACAUUUAGAAAUGGAAUUAUUAAAUGUAACUUCCGGUAAAUGAUGGCAGAGAUAUAUAGCUGAACAGGGUGUGUGGGUGUGUGGGUUUUCGAUGUGGGACCAAGGAGAACCCAGGGAUCCGAAUUUUCGUUUCUAGUGCUUCCUUGGACUCUGUUCCAGGUUUGUCAGCAGAAUUUUUGCAAUGAGGGGUAGGGAAUCUCCGCAGGACAGUCAGAACAUAAAAUACAGGUGGCCUCAUUUAUUAAAAUGUAUUUCUUUUAACAUUAGUUCUUAGUGAGCAAUUGGAUAGAAUAUGGCUUCUAGAAGAAGAAGAAGCAGCUAAUGCAGUCCUUUUCAGAGAGUGGGGACUUGGAAUAACCUUGAGGGAGGAACAGCCUUGUGUUAUUCAUGUGCUGGCUCCUGGUGCCUAAGAUGGUCUCCCUUGCGUCUUGUCUAGGGCCCACACUCUCCUCCUCUGCCCAAAUCCUAAAUCCGGCAGGGACCAGAACAGUUUAGCAUGUGGUGUCCUCUGGGCAGCCGAUCAAGGGCAGCUGACUUCUGGCACCAUCAACAAGGUUUUACUCUGGCUUUCCGGCCCUGAUAAUUAAUCAGACCAGGAGCAUGACUUUAGGAGAUGGGGACACACACACACACACACACACACACACACACACCAAGCAGACAGAUGCAAUUCCAUCCGCUUGUAUUAUAUAGCUGGAGAAAUCCCAUAGUUUGUAACACCUCCCCUGUCCCCAGAUUUUAUAACUGGAAUCCCUUUAUGAAAACAAGAGCAAUGUGUACGGAGAGAUGUGUGGAUUUAUUAUGAUUUAUUUAUUAAAAUCCCUUGAUAACCACAUUUCUGUAUAUUUAAGAGUGUAUUGCUGGGGGCGGGGGGGGGACACAAUUAUUUAAAAAGAAAACAGUACCAAAUGAAAGACAAAGGGGGGGGGGUUGCAGCCUCCAGAAUGCCAAUAGAGAGGGGGGAAGAUGAAACCGUUUAUUCUACCAGUUUGGGGCAACUAAUGUAAAGGCCUGGCUUCUCAGUGCUGCAAUUGAUACCUCCGUUAGAGGUGGCACUCAAAACAGCUGGAUAACAAACGGGACAAUAUAGGGAGAAUUAUAUUAUUAUCACUGUCGUUUAUACCCUGCCUUUUCCUCUGAUGGGACUUGAGGCAGCUUACAGAUAAAAACAAGAAUUGCUAAAAACAUAGAAGAAACAAUAAUUAAAAAACAUUUAAACAUUAAUAGAAUUAAAACUGUAUACAUAUAUAAAAACUGUUGAAAACAUAGAAAUAAUUACAAUAAAAACUUAUAUACUUAUAAGUAUAUAUACGCCAUUAGUUUCUAAAACUUUCCGUUUCAUUUUUAAAAAUCAUUUUUAUUAAGUUUCCAUUUUAUAUAAAUAUAACAUACUCAAAUUUUUCACAUUAUAUUCCGCUCUCGCGAGCACUCGACUCCCCUCCCUCCCAGCCCAUGAUUACGGUACCUUAAAUUGUAUCUUUUUUACUUGCAUUUCAUAUUUCCCCUCUUUACUCUCUAUUCAAUUCUGAUAAUCACGGAAUUAUGUUAAUUGUAAAUUGGUGCUUUCUAUAAACUAUCAAGCUUUAAAUCAGUCCUGUCAGUGUUGUUAAAUGUUUACAAUUACCUUUCAAACACUCUAUAAACUUAUUCCAGUCUUUAUGAAACAUUUGGUCCUGCUGAUUUUGGAUUUUCCCAGUCAAUUUCGCCAACUCAGCAUAUUCCACCAUCUUUUUUCUGCCAGUCCUGGAUCUUGUUGUUUCCAUCUCUGUGCUAGUAAAACUCUUGCUGCAACAGUUGCAUACCUAAACAGUUUUCUGUUUCAAUUGCCUCAACUUUCUGUUUCAAUUGCCUCAAAGAACCCAAGCAAAACAAUAACAUCCACAAAAACAAAAGGUCUUCAUCCUGCCAAACUCAGAACCUUUUAUGCUUAAAUCUCCCCACCAACAACAACUGGAAUCAAUGACUUAAAUAUGCUUCGGUUUGCCUGGAUCUCAAAGUGUAUGCAGCCUGUACAAGCAAUCUCAGGAGCAAAGAGGACCUUAAAGGUCUCUAUCGACCAGUGGCGUAGCGUGGGUUGUCAGCACCCGGGGCAAGGCAAGUAAUUUGCGCCCCCUAACCCGUGGAUUUGCGCCCCCUACCCUUAACCCCUAGAUAUUGCGCCCGGUGCGGCCAGCCCCCCCUGCACCCCCCACGCUACGCCACUGCUAUCGACAAGGUCAAAGCCACAAACCAGGAGGAGAGCAAUGCCAGAAAAUCAAUGGCUUAGAAUCUUAAGAGGCAAAUAUCCAGGAACACACAUACACACACAAAAAUGGAUGUGAUAGAAAAGGUUUGACCGCAUGUGGAAAGCUUUUCCAUAAUUCUGGUAUCACCCCAGAGAGGGCUCUUCUCCGCACCACUAAAUAAUCUAUUUCCCAAGGAUACUGCGCAUAAGGCAAGUCCACAGAAUAUGUUAAAACACAGCAAAGUUCAGCUUUUCCAGGCGGGUGGCAGAUGAACUUAGGUUUCAUUUUUUUAAAAGAUAAAUAAAUCUAAUUCUGCUAUCUAUCUGUAGUGGUAGGUAUUGUAAAUGGAAUAUCAUUACUACAUUCCUCCUCCACCACAGCCAUAAAACAUCAAUGGUAGAAUAGCAGGAAGGCGGGGGGAGGGGGCAAGGUUUUGGAUGCUUUGAAGAAUGAGUAGGUCAGCUGGAUCCAACCAGUUCUUUGUAGAUUUGAGUCUUAGGCUUUUGCAACACACCAUUAGAAGGACCUUUUAUUCUUCUUUUGCCCAGAGGAAUUUCAGGAAUAAUGAUAUCUUACAAAGGCAGUGUGCCGUCUCUUUUCAUGUUUGUGUGUGUGUGUCCAAAAUGGUGCUACACACUCAGAGAUUACGCAAUUGUAUGACAAGGCUUAUAUGGAUAGUCCCCGCAAUCCAGAAAUUCUUAAGGUGCUCUUAAUUUGUUUCCUUGUUGGCACAAUAAUUUGCCACCAUUUAUGAAAGAAUAUGAGACGAUAUCUAUCUAUCUAUCUAUCUAUCUAUCUAUCAUCUAUCUAUCUAUCAUCUUUCUCUGUCUCCUGGGAUCUACGGAGAUUCUCCUUGCAGAGACACUAGAUGGUCACAGUAAAAAAUUACCUCAGACAGCCUCAAAUACCCAACAUAUCUGGGGAAGACCUCUUGCCAUCUGCACCCAACGAGGCUGAGAUAAGGGCCUCUCUUCAGCUUUUUCUCUCACAGUUUUGCACGUAGGUACACCUGAGGCAAAAUAGUAGCCAGCUCAGGGCUCCAUCAGAACUCCCUGACAGAAAUAGAUGUGCUUCUUAUCUCCUUCAGAUCGAACAAUGAACAAAAAAUGUAGGCGUUCCUUUAUUCUGCCCUAAGGCUCUGAACAUUAGCCAAUCCCAGCCUGCUGGUCAGAUCUGAGAGCAGGGCAGUAAACUGGAAUCGAGAGAAAGAGGAAGAUAUCAGGCAACAAAGGGGCUGAAAUAGAAGGUGACCUGAUUUAAGGCCUUGGGGUGAAUCCUGUGAGAUUGGUGUGAAAGUGCUACUGAAGGCAAACUUGGCCUAUAGGUAUCCCCUGCUCUCUUUUCAUGCAAGAUUCGGAUACCUGUGCACCCUUCCAGAUGUUAUUGGACUCCAACCCCUGGGAUGGGCAGCCAUCUGGGAAGAUGGGUGCAACAUCUGGAAGACUACAGGUCUUUCCCUGUUUUAAUGGCUCCUCCUGGCAUGCUCUGGCCCACUCCAAACAGGACACAGGGAAUGCAUUUCACAAACAACUGCCCAAAGCCAGGACAACCCAGAUGUGCUGCUGUCCUCCAAAGAAGUUGCCUCUCCGCUCCAUGAAAAGAUUAUAGUGUGUCUCUAUUUUUGCAUUUGGUUCAUUGGUUUGUAAAUUUUUUUAUUAUACCUCUCUUUUCAACCAAGGUUGGCACCCAAAGCAGCUUACCAUUAAAACCCACCCAAUUACAGAAUGUUACAGGUGGUGGAAUGGAACAGGUGGGGGUGGGGGUAGUUUAUAUGGCAAUUCCUUCUGGGCCCUGGGGGUCCUUAUUACAGGCUUUUGUCUCCCUAGGAAAGAAGUAGAUUGAGCCGCAGCUGGAGCUGACAUUCUAGCUGAUGGUAAAGAUACCGACGCACACAAGCAAUCUUUCCAAAUGUUGCUCCAUGAGACCAGCUAUAUUUUACUUUAAUGAUGGCACGGAAUCUUAAAAAAAAAAAAUACAAAGUACAGAGAAGGCCAUUUUUUAUCAGGACCACUGCAUGAGAAGUGACUGUCAUGCAGGGAGAAGGAUUUUCAUUGGAUCACCUCCUCAUGACAACAGAGGGAAUGCCUAUUUUUUAAAAAACAAAAACAAAAAAAUCCACAUGGCCUGAUUGAUAAUUUUGUGGUGACUACUUUGGUGUGGUGUAGUGGUUAAGAGCGCCAGACUCGUAAUCUGGUGAACCGGGUUCGCGUCUCCGCUCCUCCACAUGCAGCUGCUGGGUGACCUUGGGCCAGUCACACUUCUCUGAAGUCUCUCAGCCCCACUCACCUCACAGAGUGUUUGUUGUGGGGGAGGAAGGGAAAGGAGAAUGUUAGCCGCUUUGAGACUCCUUCGGGUAGUGAUAAAGCGGGAUAUCAAAUCCAAACUCUUCUUCUUCUUCUUCUUCUUCUUCUUCUUCUUCUUCUUCUUCUUCUUCUCUUUGAACAGUCCAUUAUUACGCAGCUUACUCCUUCCCACAGAAGCAGAAGCAAAGUCUUGCACAACAUGUGAUCAUAAGCCUUGCCUAUCCAAGAUGUGAUCACACAGACAGAGGACCUCUCCAGACAACCUGUUCGAUAGGCCUUCAUCCCAAAUUGCUUGCACAAAGCUUACAUAGAAGUGAGAUUAUAUAUCCAGUCUUUAUUGAGCACGUACCCUCCAACUGACCCAAUUUUGCCAGGACCAUCCCCAGAACCCACUAGCCAUCAUGGCUUCUCACGCUCUCAUGGAAAGUUCCCAACAAUACCCCCAGAGCAGCUGAGAGGUUCCUGCCGCUCAGCUCCACAAUGCUUUAACAGCAGCAACAGAGCUGCCAUUCCUAGACUGGGAGGGAAGGCUGGCAAGAAAGGAACUUCCGUUUCCCCCUCCGUGUUGCCCUGGACACUUCUGCCCUCCCUGACUGACACAGGUUUCUAUCCCAUUUCCCCUGCUGCUGGCUGCCAUGGAGCAUGCAAAGUACAGCAGGGUUCCUGAGGGAGGAAAGAGUGGGAGGUGGGGAAAAUGGCGACUGAAGUGCUGGCAGUGGCAGAGGAGGAAGAGCAGGAGGAGGAAGCAGAUGUCCUGGUGGCAGUGGCACUGCCUCUUGGACGGGUCUUGGACGCAAUCCUUGGAACAGGAACAGGAGUUGGAGGCAGCCAGUGGUGCCCUCAGCCUGAGCGGCAGGAAGUUGAGGAACUACUCACAGGGCAGCAAUAUCUGCCAUGACAUCAGCAACACGACACAGGCCGCUGAGCCCAGGGGAGAGGGGAAAGAGGGGAGCUGGUUACCUCCAACAUUCCCCAGAUGAAAAUGCCUCUCUAUGUUGGAGGGUAUGUGAGCAUCCAUUCUCAUUUGUUUGCGGGGCAAUUAUCCAGGAAUGAGCUUUCAUUCUGAAUCCAUCCUGAUAUGUAGACACGUCUUCCUGCUAGUCAUUUGUUCACCCCCACACUUUUCAGUGCUGAUCCUCGUCACUUUCCAAACCUCGAAAAAUCCAAGUGGAUUUGUUGCUCUUGAGUGACAGAGCCCUUUAAUCCGCGUCGUGCACAAAUCUAAAGUUCCGGUAUGUGCUGGAUUCCCUCCUGCAAUAUACUGAUCAUUGAGAGGUUCCCAGAGCAUAUUUCUGUGCAACUGGUGCACAUGCAUCCUCUUUCCUGCUGAGGACAAUGUGUGUGUACAGGAUGGAAGCAAGGCUAGUGACCAUGAGUUGUCACAAUCCCACUCCCCACCUGUGCACAAAUUCAGACAGUGUCUGAACAGUGCUACUGUGCAAGAGAAGCUUUCCUUCUAAAUUGUGCUAUAAAUUGCAUGCCUGUUUCGAUAACAUUUUUUAUUUUUUAUUUUUAAAAAUCAGUGCAUUGAAGGUCUUCAGGAAUUAAUUUGUGUUCCACCAGCACUUAAAAAUAGCUUUGCAUUUCAGGGUUAGAAUUAUGCUAAAACCAAAUGAGUGCUUGUCAGCACUACAGUGAAAUAUGGCCCCACUAGAUAGCUGCAUAUAUCUCUUAAUCUUCAGCGGUAUAUCUCAGCUAUCGUCAUUAACAUAACCAGGCAGGUUCUUCAGUUCCUGCUAGUUAUUUUUACCACCUCUUGUAACAUAGGUCUAGCUUUACGUGUCCAGAUCAAAAGGUGAAAUUUGCCCCAUCAAGUAAUUCCCUGAGUUUCAGGCCAAAAGGCCACGAUUGUCUUUGGGGGACACUUGAAACUCAUUCGUCUUUUUCUCUCUUUUUUUCCCCAAAUGAAAGGUGAGAUCUCAGAGUGCUGAUUUCUGUUCCCAAAUCCUGCACUUUCUCCAAACUUGCAAAAAAAAAAUAAAAGAAUGCAUGCAGCCCUGCAUAUGAAGCCUUUUCCUCUGGCAGGUUCCUGCUUAUGUCCAGCCAGUGAAUAACGGAGGGAGGGAGGGAGAAGUGUGUUUUGGGCCAGAAAUCUUGUCUGAGAUUAGGUACUGACUUUGUCAUGAAAUUCCACUUAUCCAAGCGCUAAGCCCAGCAUCGGCUUUAUUUGGAAGCAUAAGCUUCCCAUGCGCGUGUCACUGCAAGCACAGGGACUGGGUACUCUGCGGAGCAAAGGCUUAGAGCCACAACAGAGCAGAAUCCAGGAAUCCUGGUUCCUUGGCAGGUCCCAGGAAAAUCAGCUUCAGGGGCCCCGUUCCAACAGCGGUAGGCACUGUAUUGACAGAAGCGUAUUUUGCAAGAUAAACUCACCUUCUGAUAAAGCAGUUGCCAUCUAGCAAUAUGUAUUCCUCAAGGCUCAAUAUGUAUUAUGAGGUUCAUAUGCUCAGAUACAGCAUUAAUAUGCAGAUUUGCAUUUAUUCAAACCCUGAAAGAGUAUCGCUGUACCCUUCUGGCAGGCUAUUCCUGCAUUAGCUGGAUUGCUGUAAGGCUGCAUGCACAUCAUAUAAUUUAAACUGCGUGCCCCCACACCCUACCCCAAGAAUCCUGGGAACUACAGUUUGUUAAGGGUGCUGGAAAUUGUCCUUGUGAUAUGGGUAUUCUGUCGUUCCAAUGAUGGCACGUGCAUGGUGUGUUCACAGCCUAAUAACAGACCAGGUUUGUUGGUUGGCACUUUACCAACGGAGGUAUAUAGUUGGCAGGUGGUUUUCUGAUACUCCCUGUGUUUUUGCACCCAUCAGAGUUUAGAGAAGCUGGCACUUCCCCACCUGAGGACAGGGAGGGUUUCUCCCGCCCCCUUACAUUUAUAUUGUUACGGAGGUUGUGUGCCACCUCGAAUCUCUGCCAAGCAGUAGCAAGAUUCCAGGGGGUUCCUGGCACUCACCCAGGGUUGUGUUUCUGUUGGGAAAAUCAAGGCACAGUGGAGGCUGGUGUCUUUAAGAAAUAUGGUUUAUUUUACACAUGUUUACUCCUAAAGUCUUCAACAGAGGGGGUGCAGAACAUUAUACACCAAGGAUGUCUCUCAUUGCCCCUCUCAUAGCUUCAGCAAGCUUGUGCCCAUAGCAGCAAUCAGUCAUAGCUUCCGGUCUCUCGGUGCAGCCUCCUCCAGCCAGGGCCAAGAUGGGUUCUGACUUGUUGUUGUUUAGUCGUUUAGUCGUGUCCGACUCUUCUUGACCCCAUGGACUAGAGCAUGCCAGGCACCCCUGUCUUCCACUGCCUCCCGCAGUUUAGUCAAACUCAUGCUGGUAGCUUCGAGAACACUGUCCAACCAUCUCAUCCUCUGUUGUCCCCUUCUCCUUGUGCCCUCCAUCUUUCCCAACAUCAGGGUCUUUUCCAGGGAGUCUUCCCUUCUCAUGAGGUGGCCAAAGUACUGGAGCCUCAGCUUCACUAUCUGUCCUUCCAGUGAGCACUCAGGGCUGAUUUCCUUAAUGGAGAGGUUUGAUCUUCUUGCAGUCCAUGGGACUCUCAAGAGUCUCCUCCAGCACCAUAAUUCAAAAGCAUCAAUUCGGCAGUCAGCCUUCUUUAUGAUCCAGCUCUCGCUUCCAUACAUCACUACUGGGAAAACCAUGGCUUUAACUAUACGAACCUUUGUUGCCAACUUCCUCCUUUUUGUUCUCAGAACACCUUCAGAUUUCAAAAAGGGCACAUUUUUCUGUGACAUCAUGCCCCCCAUCACCUUGGCAACCUGCCAAAUCUCCUGCCUCUGUCCACACCUCUGAGCAGGGGGAAAAGAUAGCUUUUUGAAUUGCCAGUGGCCUUUAAUGGCCCAAUACCCAGCAUCCCAUUAUUUCUCAAUGGCUUUGCACUUAGCUAGAGCAGCCAGGCUGGUUUGCACAAGCUAACCCAGGAAUUUCUUGUCCGGCACAAGUUCUGCAGCUUGUAUUUUCCCUUCAUAUCCCGAAUAUCAUCUCAGUACUACCAUUUAUUAAUUUCUGCCAUUCAAUAGCAGACUUUGGUACCCCAGAUCCAUGACAAUAUCCUACCUUAUUUUCCCCGUUAUAUAAUUUUUUUUGAGGUGGCGUGCUUAGGAUUCCCAAUUUGUUUCCCAUCAAGGCUGUGACUGGACCCUCUGAGUUCAGCAAGGUUGCUGCUCUGUAUGUCUUCAAACCACACCCUGGGGCCAUGUCUAAGUGCCGGGGGGGUGCAUGUGUGAGAAACAGCAGUUGGCAGCUUUUAAGACAGAGACAGAUAGAGUUUCUAGCUGGAGCUAGUCGAAACUAGCGGGGGCAGUCUUGGGGCACUAGCCAAGUUGCUCUCUGGGGACCUUUGGCCUGGCCUCCUUGCCUUUAAUUAUGUUCUGCUUUUAUAUGGGUAAAUAAAGCAAAUAUAACACAGGUGCCUCAAGUCUCCAGAGUUCUCCCAGAGGAAUGCAGAGCAUAUAAUGUUGCUUUUCCUUGGGUGAGUAGGAAACAUGGAACAAUAUGGAAUGCAAUAUUGAAAAUGAUCUCCCUUUUUCCUUUAUAAAUGACACUUUGACUACUUUUUUUAAGCAUUCCUGGAUUAAAAUUUGGCCAUCUCUGCUCAAGCCCAACCCAUUUAUAUCACUAUCAGGAAUCGAUUGGAAGAACGGGAAGCAGGACUCCUGGGUUUUCUUGGCGCCAUGAGGAAACACAGGGAGGGUGGCAAAACGGAAAAAAGAAUGAGGCAGCCAGGAAAUGUGGGUGCUAAGAAAAUGGGGAGCAUGACUGGUUUGUGAAAGAGGGCCAUUUAUAUUUGUAUAUGUACGCAUAGCGCUAUCAACCAGCAUUGCAUUUUAUAAAACAGAAGAAGGCAGGCGCCUGCCUCAAGGAGCUACAAUCUGCAACUUUACGGAGAUGAAAGCGAGGAUAAAAAGAGAAGGAAUAUGCUUUCGGCUGAGUUGCUCCUAAUUACAUUUACAGUUUCCUCUGAGGAGUCCAGGACUGUACACGUGGUGUCUCCAUCUUUUUAUUACCACAACAACUCUGUGAGACAGGUUAGAGCCACGCUGGGCUGACUCUGUAAUACAUAUGCAAGCUUAGUUUCAGGAGAGGGCUAGGUUGGUUGUGGCAAAGGCUGAAGAAAGUGUGGAUUGUUUGUGAGGUAAUUCCAUGCUCAGUGGAAAGGAAGAGUGCAAUAGAAGUCCUUUGUAGGAAAGGAUAGAGCUGGAGAAGCAAAGGCCACACAGGCAGGGAUGUAUCCAUAUAUAACGGCAGAGAAAUACAAAGGAAGAGCUAGACACUAGGAACACUCAGUGUCUAAAGAUGCAUCUACAAGAAUGAAAAUCAACCAUUUUUUAAAAAAACCUAUGGAUUCCUUAAUCUAAAGCAGGGGUGGGGAACUUGUGGCCCUUUGAAUGUUGUUGGACUCCAAUGCCCAUCAGCAGCCAAGAAUAAUGGAGAGCCACAUCUGGCUGAACAACAUCUGGAGGGCAACAGCUUCCCCUUCCAUGAGACAAAGCAGUCCCAGGUUCCACAUAUACAGUCAUGAUCCCCCUGUAGUAGAACAACAUUCCUGCUACAAGCAUCAAGUGUAAGUUUGGGUGGGGGUGACCUGCUCUCUUCACCGCCACCUUGUUGUGAGCCCCAAACAGGGGCAAAGCUAGCAACAGAGUUGUUGUUUUGUAAUCUCAUGUCAUCAUAACUGAACUAAAGAAGCCUCCACCGAUCACAUGAGUUGUAGUUAAUCCAUUGCUUACAAUGCAAUCCUAUACGGUUGCAAGUGGGUGACUGCAGCCAGACCGUCGGGAGUAAGGAGAGGUGGCUCAAAAGACCAGGCCCCAUUCCCCAUAGGAGACGCUGCUUUCUAGUAAAUGGUCUACUGUGCUGCUAAGGAAGGAACAUUCAGAAAAACUGGCCACCUCAUUGAUACCCUCUGAUCCCAUGGGCUUCUUGUCUCAGGGGCAAGGGAGGAUAAGGCUGGGGGUGUGGAGGUGCUGUCACUGCCACCCCUUUUAGUUUUUGUGGUUACUUGUAGGUUUGAGGUAGGUACGUGUAGGUUUGAGUUGACUUGAACGCUAUGUGAGUUGCUCCUGGGUGAAAGUAGAGAGCGCCCACAGUGGUUGGAAUGUGAACUACACUAAUGCCUUGGGUAGGAACUGGGAUAUUUGGCUGUGUCCCCUGAGACGACAGGCCUGGCUAGUGACUCUGUAGACUGUGAAUCAUGGAGCAAGUGAUGAGUAGAUGAGGGGGGCUGUUUUUGUGGGCCUUGGGUGUUGACAGAACCCUGUACAUUGUCCAGCUCAGUGUGUUGUGGCCACUGGCAAAGUGGUAGAUGGGAUCCUAAUAUGUGUAUGUGUUGUGAUGAACUUGGAGUCGGUUAGGAGAGGUCAGGGUGAAGGUGGAUGGGUGUUGAUGGGUGUGCCUGGUGGUGUUUUACGUUGGUUGCUGAACAACUCCCUAAGCGUGUAGGGUAUGCUGGUCGAAAUAUGUUGACUCAUGAAGGGUGUGCUUGGCAGAAGGAAGAAUGGCAAGGAUGCCCUAAUCACUGUGGUUAUGGCCAGGGAAGAAGGUGGGGUGGAGAGGAAGUCAUCAACAAGAAAGGAAUAGAAACGUGCUCAGGCCAUCUCUUCUGACACGUUCUCCAUAUCUCAGGUGGGCUACUGGGUUGCUGGGCCUUCCAGUGUGGUGGUGCUUGUGUUUAAUUCCAGAUCAGUUCAUAAUAAGAUCCCAGUUAUACACUGUCUCAUCAUGGAUAAUGUAGCUAAAUUGGUGUGUAUUAUGGAGACCUGGGUGGGUGAACAGGGUUUGAUCUAACUAUGCCCAAGUGGUCUCAGUGGCUUCUUUUUUUCUUGCUUUGGCUGGUGCACCAGUUACAACCCUUCCUGGACCAUGACUGCAAAGCCACAGUGAUCCAAACAUCUGUAGCCUCAGGUCUGGUCUACUGCAAUGCACUCUAUGUGGGGCUGCCCUCAAGGCUGGUGCGGAAGCUGUAGCAAAAUGUCGUGACCAGACUGAUAAUGGAACACUGUGCCAUGCGCUUAUAAUAUCUGCAGUAGCAAACCAAAUUUGAGCAACUUAGGGCAAAGUUGGGUGAAAGAAUGCCUUCUGCCAAAUAGACCUUCCUAUUCAGUAAGAAUUGGCGAGUCGGCUCUAAUAAUUAUGCCUCGUUUUAGAGAAGUUCAUCUCACAAUAACUUGAAGGCGAAUGGCCCCUAGCCUGUGGAAUGAGCUCCCCAUUGAGAUAUGUCGUGAGCUUCCAGCAGCUAUUUAAAGCAUUUGUUCACUCACAUUUUCCCUGACCUUUGAUACCAGUUGAACGAUAUCUGGUUACUGUAAUUAUGACAAAUUCUUUUCAUUUGAUUGUCUUACGGUAUAUUGAAUUGUUUUUGAAUUCAAUUCAAGGGGCCUUUUCUGUGGUGGCCCCUCAGUUGUGGAAUGCUCUCGUCGAGGAGGUUUGCCUGGUGCCUUUUAACACCAGGCAAAUAAAAUACUCUCCCAGGCAUUUGGACAAGAUCAUGGUCUGGUUUCAGGUUGUUCUUUUUGGUGUUCGUGCUUAUGGGGCUGCAGUGGUCAUUUUCUGUUGUCGGUUCAGUUUUGUGGAUGAACACUUUUAGUAUAUUUGUUUUGUUUCGAUGGAUUUUUUAAAUUGUAUGUUUUGGAUGCUUCUGCACCUAUCAAUCGCUUCAUGACCCCUUCUUGCAGCAUGAAGCAAUACAUAAAUUGAAUUGGAUCAUACUUAAUUGUUUUAUUGUACAGUGUCUUGGGAUUAUUUUAACAAGGCGGUAUAUACAGAUAUUUUAAAUAAAUUGUGCGUGUGUGUGUGUGUGUGUGUGUGUGUGUGUAUCUACUCAGAAGUAAGUUCUACUACAUUCAGUGAGACUUAUUCCCAGGAUAUCAGGUAUAGGAUUGUAGGCCUAAUGAAUUCAACCUUCCUAGGUUCACAUGGGAAUAAAAUACUUCUGAAGGGGGGAAACACCUGUACUUUCCUUGUUUUUAAAUGAUGCAUGUAUGUUGCAUCUCUUGGGAGAGGCUUGUGGGUGGGGAAAGUGGGGCUGCUUUUUCUAAUAUGGGGCUGGCCACCCAGUAAGUUGUUGUAGUCAAAAGAUGUAUAGUUCAACCAGUUUGAGUAAAUAACACAAUAUUAACUUGACCGCGGGGCAAUAAAAUCAAGAAUAAAUUAUAAUACUGCAGCCAAAUUAAACACAAGUACACACAAGCAAGAUCAUACAAAGAGGUAUAUUCGUUUUGACAGCUUAUGGUGGAUGAGCUUACAUAUUCUCCUGUUUCUUUGCCACUACGUCAAAUCUCGUGCUUGAAAAUGUAGUGUAAUUUAUCUCAGGCAGAAGGUUAAAACUUCUUGAAUUAAGAUACUGUAUGUCUACAAUUUCCAUUUUGUUGGGAGGUGUCUUUUGAAUCCAUCAAAAGAUUUUGCACUGAUUAAUCUAAACAUUUCAUAACCUAAACGUUGGAACUCUGUCAAUGACUCACCUCAGAGGUGGAAUAAUGCGUGGAUGACGACGCAGGUGCUUUGAAAAGGAUUUGGGCUUUCCCUGAUCCCCUAUCCAUAAAUCUUCUCUUUUUCUGACGGAAAUAGUUUUGGCCUUCAUUUCUUCCUUCUGUAUCCUUUCUCCCCCUUGCGGGUGCUGGAUGUCGUCUUGCCUGGUUCCUUUGCCCCGGAGGGCUGGAGGUGCCUUUUGCAAGCCAUCUUGGAAGAGGGCCUGAGGGGGACUCACUCUUGAGGAAGAGGCCCAGCCUCCUGGCGUGUCAUGCCACACACCCUUUGCUUCCAGAUAAAUAGGCAAGAUUUCCCCUUAGAGACCAUGCCUUCUAGGCACACCAGGCAAAAGGCAAGCCUUCCACAGGAGCCAGAUCAAAGACCCUCCAUUGGCUUGAGAGCUUUGUGCAGGUGAGUGGAGUUUUCUAAGACAGCCAGCUGCAACAGAGAACAAGGCUUCUGUGCACCAGCUGUGUACAACAGAGAAUUGCAGGAGGCACCACGGUGCUAUAGGAUCAGGGAAAGGUACUCCUGCCACAAUACUCUCUGCACACCUGUCUGCCUUUGCAUGGGAUGAAGCGUGAAAUCAGGACAGCUCUGGGAGGGAUGGUCACAUUGAAAGCUGCCUCAGUGUUACCUGUUGACUGGCAGUUGCUGUCCCAGGUUUCAGACAGGGGUCUUUCUUACCUGGAGAUGCCAGUGACUGAACCUUGGGACCUUUUGCAUGCAGAGUGUGGGCUCUUCCACUGAACUGUUCCUGUGGCAAUAUAGAGCUUCAGGAUAGCUUGGACCUCUGGGAGAAAUGAAAGGUCUAUUGGAGUAAAUUGUGCUGUGUGGCAGAAAGUAGGAGAUGUUGACUUACCUGACAGUUGUGUACUCCCCCACACACACACACCUCUGCACUUAAGAAUUGUAGCAAUUUCUGCAGGGAAAAAUCUUUGUAUCCCUGCAUGGCAGAAAAAAGCAUAACUCCCUAAAUUUCUCUCUGUUGUGUAACUGUUAAAGAUGGAGUCAAACUAAAUAAAUAAAAUUUUAAAAAAUUGUCCAGUAGCACCUUAGAGACCAGCUAAGUUUGUUCUGAGUAUAAGCUUUCGUGUGCAUGCUCACUUCUUCAGAUACAUUGAAACAGGAGUUAAAGAUAGAGUAACCUUAACAGGAACAAAAGUUGGCAAUCCCAGUUUCUCUGGGAAGGGAGAUCAACCAAGCAAGAUUGUGAGGAGUAGAGAAAAGGCAUGAAACAUAAAAUGUUAUAAGCCAGAGUGCUACUGUUAAGAUUGCCAGCUUUUCUUCUGAUUAGUUUCUCAGUUGGAUUUUUGACUUUUUCUUAAAAAAAAUUACAAAAGAUGUUGGGAAGAGUAGCAGUUAGAAGUUACUGGCAAGCAAGCCUUCAAGUUCAACAAAACUCUUCAGCAGGUGGGUGUUAAGCAAAGAAGCAAGAAAGCAAAUCAGGAAGAGAGGUAUUGGGCGCGAUAAAGCCUGAAAGUUAGUAAUAGUCUUAAGACGGAGUGAAGGAGAUGCACAAUUAUUGCCAGUAAGAAUACACGUUUAAGAAAGAUUAAUUUUUUGGAUCAAAUUAAACUGUGGCUUAGUUUGAGCCAGGUCCCAGCCUGCAAUCUCUUUUCAGUGCAGCUGCUCAGCUCUGAAACAUGUAAAAAGUAUAAUGUGUAUUGUUCUCAAUGCCUAAGAACCAUAUCCCCACACACCCCAGAUAACAGCUUCCAUAUACAUCUCAAUCCCAACCCCUCCUUUUUUAAAAAAUGAAUUGACAAGCAAAACUCAUAUUGCAAAGAUAAACAAUAAUAAAGCUUUGCAAAUGUUGAGAUGUUUCAACAACUUUCACAACCUAAGAACCUAGGUGGAAGGAGAGCACCUUGCAAGACCUGAGCUGCUCUAUAAGAUAAAGUAAAUAUGCCUUGAGAGGAAUGUGGUGCACACCAGUUAAGAAGGCUUUUAAACCCUCUAAGGCACAAGAUGCCCUGUUAGCAGAAUGGGUGGCCCACACAUUCACAAGAACGGGCUCCAUUGCAUCUUGGUAGUGAAAUGACAUCACAAGGUAGGAAACAGGCCUAAAAUGAAGUAGAAGUGGAUCACAAAUCCUUACUUUAAAUUCCCUUUGGCUUCUUAUCAUCCUUUGGGGGGGGGGGAAUCGGAGUUUAAAGUGAGUUAAGGAGAUGUGCUAAUGGACAUGAGUCAAUGACGGUCUUUGCCAACUCUCUCCUCUUUCUGCUUUCAGGUUACUCAAAAGCGACAAUUCUGCACAGCGCCACACUAUCACCUGCUAACACCUCCCUGACACCAGCUUUUUUCUGCACAACACACAGGCUGGGCCACCAAUCCCCCAAGCCCGGCCUAGCCUUGGCCGGGACAAAGGCCAAUCCCUCCGAUAUGGGGGUGGCCAAAGCCAUCCGUCGUUUCAGUGGGGGCGGCGGGGUGGGGGAGCUGCGGGAAGAGGAGUCAGUGGAGUCCCCCACCAGCUGCCACAAUGGCAGGCCCGCCCCCGUCCGGCAGCGCAGCCGUUUCGUGAAGAAGGACGGCCAUUGCAACGUGCAGUUCGUCAACAUGAGCGAGAAGGGCCAGCGGUACCUGACAGACAUCUUCACCACUUGUGUGGACAUCCGCUGGCGCUGGAUGUUCCUCAUCUUCUGCCUCUCGUUUGUGCUCUCCUGGCUGGUCUUUGGCUUCACCUUCUGGCUCAUUGCUGCCAUGAAUGGGGACCUCGCCCCCGAGCAGCCUCCCAACUCAAAGCCCUGCUUCUCCGAGGUCACCAGCUUCAUGGCCGCCUUCCUCUUCUCCCUGGAGACCCAGACUUCCAUCGGGUACGGCUUCCGCAGUGUGACGGAGGAGUGCCCAUGCGCCGUCCUGGCUGUGGUGCUGCAGUGCAUUCUGGGUUGCAUCAUUGACGCCUUCAUCAUUGGGGCCAUCAUGGUCAAGAUCGCCAAACCCAAGAAGCGCAACGAGACCUUGGUCUUCAGCGAGACAGCCGUGGUGGCCAUGCGCGACGGGAAGCUCUGCCUCAUGUGGCGUGUGGCCAACUUGCGCAAGAGCCACCUGGUGGAGGCGCAUGUUCGGGCACAGCUGCUGCAGGUAAGGACGGCACUAUAGGAGCAAGGCGGGAGUUGGGCGGCAGCAAGAUGGUUUUUGGAAGUCCUUUGAAUGAUUCUUCUGGGAUGAUUAAACCAGAAGGUAGAAAAUGGAUGAGUAGAUAAAAGGCAACAAAGCUGUGUGAAGAACUUUAAAUAGAGAAGGACAGAAGUUUGUGGGAGGUAGGUGAACAGAUGUGGAGAAUAUUCUUCAGAUUGUUGCUAGAAAGAGGAUGUUGUAGCUGCUCUUGGUACUCAAACAGCUUGGCUCCCGGACACCGCAAACCUGGAAGUGAGUGCUCCGGUCUGCAAACGUUUUUCGGAAGCUGAAUGUCCGACGCAGCUUACGCAGCUUCUGAUUGAGUGCAGGAAGCUCCUGCAGCCAAUUGGAAACCGGGCCUUGGCUUUUGAACCUUUUCAGGAGUCGAACAGACUCCUGGAACGGAUUAAGUUCAAGAACCAAGGUGCCACUGUAUUUGUAUAAGGCAGCAACUCCCAGUUGGUGGCCACCCACCAAGGGGGUCCAGGGCACCAUUCACACACCAUAGAGAUAUCAAAAGUAGGGGGUCCAUGGCUUGGCUUUUGAAAAACAAGUACUUAGCUCAUUGGUAUUAAGGGAUGGAAGGCAAGACAGAUAAAUAGAUGAAUGAGUCUGAUGUAAGAGAGGGGAAACUGUGAAGGGACUGGAAGGAAAGAUAGACAUGAGGGAGGUGUUUCUCAAAGGGACAGGAGUCUAGUUGACAUAUGCAAGUAGGCUGCUUAUUUCCUCUACAUUCCUGUGUAGGAAUUGUGUUUUAGAAAAGGGCGGUCUUCAGUAGCCAGCAGCCAUUUCAGCAACUGCAGUGGCAGUUUUCCCAAUCAACCCUGGAAAUGGCUGCUGGUCAUAGGAGCCAACUCCUAGGGGCUAAGGAGUCUUCAGCCGCUAAUAUUGGGGGGGGGCAGGCCCUCCCAAAAUUGAUGGGCAUUGCCAUUCAAAUUGUGUGUGCCAUAUCAUGUGAUCAGUUAUGCAGGGCGGGGCUUCCCUGGAGCCCCACCCCCUUAAUUUUAUUCCACUUGGCCCCCCUGCUGCUGGGCACUGCGAGUCAUACCGCGAAUACACAUUUAUCAAGUCCUGUUCUGUACAUAAUGCCCUCCUUCCUUUGCCUUCUCUCCCGCAGCCUCGGGUGACCCCCGAAGGCGAGUACAUCCCUCUGGACCACAACGAUGUCAACGUGGGUUUCGACAGCGGCACCGACCGCAUUUUCCUGGUGUCGCCUGUGACGAUUGUGCACGAGAUCGACUCCGAAAGCCCCCUCUACGAGUACGGCCCCGCAGACCUGGCCGAGGCGGACUUUGAGCUGGUGGUCAUCCUGGAAGGCAUGGUGGAAGCCACGGCAAUGACCACUCAGUGCCGCAGUUCCUACCUGCCCGGCGAGCUGCGCUGGGGACACCGCUUUGAGCCUGUGCUCUUUGAACGGCGCGGCCACUAUGAGGUUGACUACCAGCACUUCCACCGUACCUACGAGGUGCCCGGAACCCCGACGUGCAGCGCCAAGGAGCUGAGCCAUCGCAAAUACAGGGCGCCCCCUGCAGGAGCCACCGCUGCUCGCGCCUCCUUCUGCUACGAGAACGAGGUGGCGCUCAGCUGCUGCCGCGAGGAAGAGGAGGAAGAGGAAAGGCAGGGAAGCCGGAGGGUGAGCCUGGAGAAUGAGGCAGCCGGCACCACGUGACGCCACCAGUGUCCUUAGACUGAGGAGGGCCGAGGGGAGGUGGGGAGAAAAGCAGCUGUUGUAGCACCAACACCGCCUCUCCACACAGCAAAAAGAUAACACUUUCAUGCUUCACCGUUCCUGACCCCCCCAAAAAGCACAUCUAGCAAGGUCUGGGCUUUCUAGAACAGGCUGUGGUGUCUGUGUCUCUAACUGUUGGGAGGAAGAAAGGCCAUUUUCUGACAUUUUAGCCCUUGGACAAACUGAGAGUUUCCCCGUGAUAGUUGGAACUGCUGAAGGAGGUUUAAGAGGUUAUCGAUGCUAAAAAGGGAAGGGGGCGGGAACCAAAGUAAAACACAGCUGGUAAACUUCACAGGAGGAACAAUAUUCACCUCAUGUUCAUAAAAUUAUGGAUGUGGCUGUGGGAGCUAGCUAAAAGUGUUUAUUGUACGGAGUUCCAAGGACUUAUAAGGGGGGUACUUAAUGUUGCUCAAAUGAAGACCUGCCCCUUGUGGAUUUGAGCCGUGGAUGUCUAAUAUAUCAGGCUCUAUGAUAUAUAGAGGGAAGAAGGGUUCAUUGAGCUCUGGAGGCGACUUUUCAGGGGAUCUGCUGGAAGGUAUCUGGCCUUGUAGGAUCUAUGAAAAUGCAGGAGGGCAGCUUGUUUCCGAAAUGUGUGUUUCUUUUCAGAUCUAAUGGCCAGAAAUCACACCCCUACAGGGUGCAAAACUACAUGUGGUCUUAGCACCCCUAAAACUGGUUUGCCAAGCCCAAAUCAGUAAGUCCUAUCUAAAAUUCCAGUGGAAGUAACUGGAAGUUUUCAUGUGUGUGCAUUUAAAAAAAGAGAGAGUAACUGGCAAUAUUUCAAAUAAAUCUUUCUUUAGAAGGAGACAGUUAAGGCGCAUAAAAUGUAAUCACACCACAAAACAAGGGUUGUCAUUAAAAAGAAAAACUGAAAUCCAACCACUAAUGGUCCCAUGUGUUGUUGUUUUAAGUCCUGUAGCAGAAGCAAGGGAAAGAAAUGGAAAGAAAUGCCCC